UGCGUGCGUGAGUGACAGCCCCCCCUCCUUCUGACCACCGGCGACUAUUUUCAGUGAGAAAUGCAACCGGAAUAGAAGAAGAGAGGUGUAUGCCGCGAGCGCGAGGUGAGAGAGAGCUCGGCCGCGGACUGGAGGGAGGGGUGGUAUGAUUAUUGACUCGACUGUUCUAUAAUGUAGCCUCCCCACAGUCGCACUCGCACAGUCGUCACUCGUCAGUCGUCCUCUCGCCAUCGCGGUUAGUGUAGGUGUCUCAGUGCUUCUAGUGUGUAGUGUCAGUGUUAGUGUACAGUGUAGGAUAGUGCACAGACCAAACGUCUAGGAUUACUCCGACUCGGAAGCACUGUGGAUAUCUUGCCGUCAAAACGUCAGCACAUUUCUAACAUGUUAGCAAGUAAAGGGUUUGCCGAUGAUCAUCCGAGAAGAAAGGCCUAUCACACUCUGAAUGUCCUCUGAGUGGUUCUUACUUCCCUUCUUGAAAAAGUCAGGUGACAGAUGGAUUGUUGAGUGAGGAGAAAUGGAUAAAGAGAAUGGAGACAGAGAUAAGUCUUCGGCCCCAAGCGAUGGGAACCCUCUCAUGGACCCGCUCAAUGUCUUCGCUGGGCACAACAUCUUUGGAGGAGGAAUGCCUGGUAGUUACGGCCACCAUCUCACAAGUGCGUACAAUGCUCUGCUAGGUGCAGGGAGGGGGGGACAGUUCCCUCACCCUCCUACGACCAGCUCCUACGGCAGCCUGGGUACUCUUAGUGUGGCUGCCAGUCAAGCUGCUAGCCUAGGAAUAAACCCAGCAAGUGCGGCAUGGUACGCCAUGGCCUCUCACCUGGCUGCCCAGGACUACCUAGCCAGGCUUCAGGCUGCUGGGAUGCCCUUCUCUGGAAUGCCUCCCGACAUGCCUGGCUUCCCUCUCAUGAGUCCCCAUGCUCAAGUUUCAGGAAGUGGCAAGCAGUCAGGAAGUAGCCACUCUAAAGCCCUCGCUCAUGGUCCUAGCUCGUCUAGCGCCUCGGGAAUGCCUUCCAUGCACAAGGAAGAUAGCUUGGGGAAGCAGACGACGGGAAAGUCCCACAGUCGAUCUCUAUCUAGCGCUUCAGCUUCAGUUCUGCCUUCACUUCUGAACUUGCCUACUUCAAGAGAAGGAAGUGACGGCUCCGGUGUGCUCGGAGGUGUGCGGCUUCCUCCCGAUACGGAGAUAAUAAAAUAUACCUCUUCAAUUGUUGGGCCUAAAGUCCCGGGGACAACUAACCGAGGUCGCAAGAAGACCAUUUCUCUAGACCCACCUUCAGUCAGUGUAACCCCCACUCACAGCAACUCUGCCUCCACUCCUGCCUUGCCUGCAGAGCGACCUAAGAAAAACAAGCAUCCCGUUGAGAGUGCGCCGAGUAGUCAGGCACCUCUUGCAUUGGACCAGAUAGACCGAGAGUCUGACAUUAUGAAGUUAAACGGAGUGAGUCCCGUGCCAGCCGGGUACAACACUCCUCCCGACAAUGACGCUCCACUCAACCUCAGCUUAAAACCUUCUGUGUCACCACAGCAACCCAACAAUGCCCUUCAGUCACUCUCGUCUCUCUCACAAUCUCUGGGGCAGAUGCCAGACCGCAUCUCCCGCCGCAAACCAGGGCCAAAGCCUAGACGAGUGUCACAGUCCCCGCUACCCCCUCCAGGCCCUGCCCCCUCCGCUUCACUUGCCCAGCUGUUUGCAGCUGCCGACUCUCCAAGACCAACUGAGGAUUCUGAUUUGACAGCUUCCCAGCAUAAGGAUGGUAGACCUCGUAACCUGGGACGAGGAGUUUCCAAGCCCAAGAAAAACACAGUAGCAUCUUUGCUUGCGCAGAGUCGAGCCUUGGGCAUCAAGCCUGGCCUAGACCUGAACUCUCCCCUGAACCAUCAAGUUAGUCUGCUCAAAGCAAACCUUCUACAACAACAAUUGCAAGCAUCUGCCUCUGCAUCAGAGGGUGAAAUGGAGACAGACGAUAAAAACCGGACCUCUUCCCCUAGCAGUGUACCUGAAGAUUUGGAGAAGAAGAUACAAACUAAUACACGAGAUGGGAGACUCGGUGAAACAUUCAGUGAGACUAGUAGUAUGCCUGAUGUCAGCACUGACACAUCUGAUUCAGAUUCUGAAAUUGACUGGAGAACAGGCAAGAAAAGGGAGGCGGACCCUCGCCAAGAUGAAAGGCCUUCAAAAAGGCUAAAAUUAUUACCUCAACCGGUCACUAGAAUUCCUUCAGAAUUCAAAUUACCAUUGUUAAACGGAUGGAAGCGAGAAACUACAAUCAAAGGAAUUAAGAAAUUGCACCACUUUAAAGCUGAGGUUGUGUAUGUGACUCCAUGUGGACAGCGUUUGAAGAACUACAUUGAAUUGUGUGAGCAUUUGGAGAAGACAAACAACUAUGACAUAACCCCUGAAAACAUCAAUUUUGACCCCACAAUGAUGCUCGGUGAAUACUUCCACACAAUUCAAAGUCAAGAGCCAAAGCCAAUAACUCUCAAAGAAGUAAAAGACACCAUGAAUGAGCUGAGAUCUUACGCAGAAGCUAUGAAUCUUGGAUAUCCAAUUGUGAACUACCCUGAGACCAAGUUAGCUAUCCUAGUCACUGGUAUAGAUCCCAAGCAAAUAGCCAAGGAAGAAGCCGCCAGAACCAAGGAACUCACUAGGUUCAUCAGGGAACAAGAAAAAAGUGAAAAGCAAGAGGCAAUUAGGAAGGAGAGAGAGCAACGUAAUAUCGCAAUGCUUGAGGCCCGACGGAAACGGCAAGAAGAGGCUUCCAAAUUGAAGCAAGAAGAACAGCAUAGAAAGCAGCAGGAGAGAGAAAUCAAAAGACAGCAGACAGCUCUCAUUAAAGAACAGAUUUAUAUACAAGAACUCAGCAAGCAGCGUGAACUCUUAUACACCGUUGAAUUGGAAAGAGAACGAAGACGUCAGCAUAUGGCACUUGUCAAACAACUUGAACAGCGAAAAAGACAAGAGGAGAGAGAGAAAAAAAGACUUGAACAAAAAGCAGAGAAAAUGGCUUCCAGAGAGAAAAGAAUGGAACAGAGGAAGAUUGAAAUGGAUCUGCUGAGCGAAAUUAGAAAACCAGUUGAGGACAUGGAAUUGCCUGAUCUGAAGCCGUUGCCAGAACUGAAUCGUAUACCGGGACUCAGGUUGUCUGGCCAAGCAUUUUCUGAUACUCUGAUGGUCUUUGAAUUCUUGCACAACUUUGGUGAAACUCUCGGCUUUGACAUGGGUAGCCUCCCUACUCUAAAUAGCCUUCAGAACGCUUUGCUGGGUGAUGAGGAAGCAGAAGAAGAACUUUUGUCAGUGAUGACCCAUCUCAUCAUCUGUGCCAUUGAGGACCCUGGUAUACCCAACCCAGCCCGCCACACUACUCUACUUGGGCAGAGCCUCAAACAAGCGGACAUCACCCACUCAAACAUCUCCGAGAUACUAAGAAUCUACCUCUACGCCAAUGCUACUGGGGAGGUCAAGGCUCUUACUGGUGUACAGUUUGAGAGAGAAAGAGAAAAACGACUGUCAGAUCACCACAACAAUAUGAACGAGACUGCUGAAGACGAAAGUGGGAAGAAUGCUGCUUUCUUUGUUGCUCUGCGGGAAAAUCCCACGUGGAAGAUGUCAGAAAUGCUUAAACACAAACCCUUUCUUGCUCUCAAUGCGACACACAAAGCCAAGAUCCUCUCAUUUCUGUGUCAUGAGCUCCUCACAAAUAAGGCUGUAAUACGACAGAUAGAUGGAGCCAUAGAGAAUGUUGCUCAGUUGAAGCGAGAUCGAUGGACGAUUGACUCCAAAUUAAGAAAGUUGAGACAUCUUCACAACAGAAAGAUUAGACAAAUGACUAUCGGGAUGGUUGGAGGAAAGAUAACGUUGGAAGGUGAUGGAGAAAAGUUAAUCAUGACUGAUGACUUUGACUUUCGACCUCCACCUAAGGAUCAUGAUGAUGAAGAAGAAGUUGAGGGAGAGAGCGGAAAUGACAGUGAUGGGACUCAACCAGAAGAGGAGGAAGAUAAGAAAAUGACGAUUGAAGAGAUACAACGUAAAUCGGAAAAGUUAAAUAGACAAGCAGAAGAAAACAUGAGUGCACUUUAUGAAGCGGGUGGUCAGCUGCGAGCUGUUUGUUACGGUCAGGAUAGGUACUUCCGUCGCUACUGGAGUCUGCCUACGUCUGGCGGAUUGUUUGUGGAGGGAAUGGAAUCAGCAGAGCCUCAACUCUUUGAAGAACUCCUGCAGGAUGACACGGACUCUCUGGAAACCCCAGAUAUCAAAGGGGAAUACGACGCUGAGGCUCUUCAGAGCAAGCCAUUAGACGAGGAUGAUGAAAUGCCUCACUUGACCCCAGAGGUUGAUACCGAAACCCUGCUCACCAAAUAUAAGCAGGAAAACAUGGAUGAUGAGCCUGCUGAGUUGCCUAUGAUAAAGCAGGAAAAGGAAGAGGUAGAUAAAAAUGGAAGCAUCGAAGAUAUGGAAACUGAAGUGAAUCAGUUUAUUGACACGAAAAUUGAUAUAGAAGAAACAAAAAUUGAAAUUGAUGAAACACAGUUUAAAACUGAAGGAUCGGGAGGAGAAGAAGAUAGUGAAACAAAGUCUGUUACUGAUGAAAAGAAAAUGCAACCAUUUCUGUUUGGGGACAAAGCCAGUGAGGACUCUGUGAUCACUAAUGGACAAACGGAGGCUGAACCAGCUUGGUUUAGUGUUCUGCCUCGAGAGCCGUGUGACGCUACGUCUGUCACCUCAACAACGUCUGCUUUCAGAUGUGGAGUGGAGAACAGUGAGUUGAGGAUCCCUGUGUUCCCCCCUCCCCCUGCCUCCCCCUCACCCUCUCAGUGUGACUCUCCCUCUCCUGCCCCUCUCGCGCUCACCCCCGAGGAGCAACAGCAGCUGCAACACUGCAAGAUACACGGGCUUCCACGUCCCGCACCUGCCAAGCCUAUCCCUCAUGAGUUGCGAUGUGGUUGGUGGCGGAUAACAGAAACGGCUGUGGUUCAGCAACUUGUGGAGAAUUUGCACACUCGAGGAGCGAGAGAGAAGGAGCUACGUCGCUCAAUCACACGCCCAGCCUUGGACCAACAUGCUCAAGUGUGGAACAGCAUUCUCAAGAGUUGUGUUCGGCCCGGAUCAUCUGCGACCGUGCUCACAGUAUCAGAGGAAGAGGGUGCGAGUGGUCUGCCAGCUCAGGUGCCCCCACGGGACAACCCAGAAGACUGGAACUUCGCAGUGGCACUCCGGGUGGAUAUGGCAGUGUUGGAGCAGGUUGAGACGAUGGAGGAUAAAGUUGCAAAUGCCAGUAUGCAAGUUAAGGGAUGGAAGGUGCCACCCAGGGCCAGUACAGAGGAGGGUAGACAGUUCAAACCCUCCAGCAGCCACCCUUCCCCCAACCUCAACCCCAUAGCUGUGGCUAAGGCUCGGCUCAUGGACCUUGAGUGUGCAAUUGAGCGACGUUACCUCAAACCUCCCCUUGGCACCAAUGUAUCAGCGGUUGAUGUUGGGGGUGGAAGUUCGUCCAGUUGUGAGCCUGAUACCAUACCUAAGGGUCUGACAAUUUGGAGGGAAGCUGUAGCCAAAUGUCAGACAGCUGCUCAGCUCUCUAUGGCUGUUCACAUGCUAGAGGCCUCCAUAGCUUGGGACAAGAGCAUUAUGAAAGCUGUGAGUCAGUCCUUCACUAGCAGUAAUUGUCAGUUCUGCCACAGCGGGGACAACGAAGACAAACUACUCCUGUGUGACGGAUGUGACAAGGGCUACCACACUUACUGCUUCAAACCCAAGAUGGAAAACAUACCAGACGGCGACUGGUUUUGUUACGAGUGCAUGAACAAAGCUACUGGGGACAAGUGUUGCAUCGUUUGCGGCAACAAAAUUGGGAGGAAUUUAGUCACUUGUGACAAUUGCCCAAAGGCUUACCAUACAGACUGCUUGCAGCCUCCUAUUUCAAAGGUACCACGAGGUAAGUGGCACUGUCCCACCUGCUUAGCCAAGUUGCCCCGUAAGAGACUGACAGCCAAGAGAUGUGUUGGUGGACCCAGUAUCAGCCCUAGUAGCUCAGUCAGUAGACUCCUGCCACCAGAGGACGUUGUUCCUCACACCCCUGUAAAUGAACCCAUUCUCAGCCCUGUAACCCAAGAGGAAGCAUCCCCAGAAUCACCCCCAGCACUUCAACCUGUCUCAAAAAAAGAGAAGGUCAGCGGAAAGAAAAUGUUGAAAGAGAUGGCACCAUGUAAACAAUUGCUGGAUGAUCUUGAGGCCCAUGAUGAAGCUUGGCCUUUCCUUCUGCCCGUCAACACCAAACAGUUUCCUACUUACAAGAAGAUAAUUAAAAACCCCAUGGACUUCAGCACAAUACGCAAACGACUUAUGGACUCUGGAUACAAGUCUCGAGAAGAGUUCUGUUCAGAUGUCCGCCUUAUUUUCAACAAUUGUGAAACAUUCAAUGAAGAUGAUUCACCUGUCGGUAAAGCUGGACAUAACAUGCGCUUAUUUUUCGAAACAAGAUGGACAGAACUAACGAAUCAAAAGCCCUCACCUUAAUGGGCAUUAAUGUAUAUCAGUUUGUUUUACGUUCGCAGUAUUAUAAAUGAAAUGGACAUUAUUGACUGAAGUGCGGCAAUCUGUUAUGGCGGUUUUGCCGAGUUUGUGUAUUUUGUAUCUUACCUUUAAAUCUUUACGCAUCUCUAUAAGUGUGCAAUGGGACGGUGUCAAGUUUCUUUAAACGUUCACAUUCUGUGUUAAUGAUGUGUAUAAUAUAGAACGUGUCAAUCAGAUUUCUGUGUACUGACCCAUUUGUUCUAGAGAUUUUUUUAUAUUUUUUAUAAAUAUAUAUAUAUAAAAUACGGAUAUAUAUAUAUAUAUAUUAUACAUAUAUAGUUUAGAGUAUUAGUUUGUUGUUUUGUAAGUUAUUGUCUGUCCGUAUUCGCGAUGGACCUAGUCAUAUUCCUGCUGUAGUCACACAUACACAUCCGUGUGUUGCAUUUAUUGUUUGUCCUAGUUAAUGAUGUUUAUAUAUAUAUAUAUAUAAAUAUAUAUGUUUAUUUGGUAUUCGGAUGAUCGCUACAUCAUCUUUUGUUCAAACAAAACGCUAGUGAUCUCAGGGGUGGACUGUAGCACAUUUCCAAACUGUCACAGCUUUUUUCCAUUGUCAUGACAGUUCAUUCUUGUUUUUUGGGAUUUUUCUUCAUUGCAUAUUUGCAAAUUUCCACUGUCAUGUCACUGAGGCUUUAAUUAACUGGGAUUUCCGAAGUCGGUGAUAAUCUCAGAUCGGGAGUAAAUGUUUAUUGUCCAUAGUAACUGUUGAUUUGCUGAGUUAUUAUUAUAUAGUCCAUAGCGACUUGUUUUUAUAUUCCUUAAGUACAAUCGAGUUGUUAAGUAAAAUGUGGAGUUGUAUUUAAAUAGUUCUAAAUAUUGUAACUGGCUAAUUCAAGCUUUGUCGUUUGAAAAUUGUUGUUUUGCCAAAAUAUUCUGCAAUCAUUUAGUCUUUAUUUGUAAUUUUAGUUACUUGUUCAAUAUUUCUUUCUUUUGCAUCCUCAGUAAGUAUUUCAAUUAUUGAAAUACAGUUUGAGUAAUUAUUACUCAAUCUUCUACAGUCCCAAUUUUGGUUUUUCUCACGCCUAUCAAAAUUAUUACAGCCUGUAAUUUGAAGUAAAGUUACAACCAUCCCAAUUGCUGAUGCUGACUACUAUAAUUUUUGUUUCCAGACAAACCUAUGAAAUUUGUCUUUUCGGCAUGCAAUAUGUAUUUUGAAGGCCAAAAUCUUUCAGUUAGAUAGUAAAACAUAUUAUUGCAGGAUAUUAUGGCAUUUUAUAUUUUCAUGUAUACCAAUACAAAAAGCUAAAUGUUGGAAAUAUAAGUGGCCAAUUCAGUAAAACUGAUCAUGACAUAAUCGGUAUAAUAAAGACAUAUUUAAUGUCCAAAGAGACAAACACAAAAUAAAUCAAAACUGCUUGCUCUCAAUCAAGAAAUGUAUAUUGUUAUUUAAACCCUUUUACGUUAAACUUGGGCAUAUGAUGUUACUGUAUAGCCACAACAUUCUGUAUUUAUUAUAAUUCUGUUUGUUUACAUUUAUUAUUUAUUAGUUCAUCAUUUAUAAAUUAGAAAUUUCUUUUAGCUUGAAUAUUUACGCUGACUACAUAUGGUGAUUUUUCAAAAAUUGUGAGCAGCAGCUUUGAUUUGUUUCUUUUUAUGUGUUUGGCCACUACACGUUGGUUGUUUGGAACUAAAAAGACAAAAGUCAUUUGUUUGUGUGUUAAUUAUACAUAAGUAAAUCAUUUAAUCAUUUAAUAAUCAUUUAAGAGAAGAAAUAUCAUUGAAAUGUCCAAGACUAAAUGCAAUAAAUUCACAGAACAAGAAUAUUUCUGAGAUUGUAUUAAUUUAAAAACAAUACUUGAGAGAGUGAUGAAAAGCAGGCUUUGUUCUUCAUAGUUCUUUACAGUCUGGUAAAUCCUUCUCUAAUCUCUUUGCUACAACUCUGUGUUCGAUGGAAGUUAUUAUGUUACAAAAUUGUGCUUUAAGAAAGUUUGUGCUAAGAGAUGUAGCUUUAUAGGUUCAUACGCAUCGUACUUAGUUUUUGUUAAAACCAUGAUUGUUUCAUCGCUUGAAUCACCGAAAGCAAAAUCGACUUUGUAAACACAUAAAAUAUGUUUCAGAAAAUGCUAAAAUGUUAUUUGUCAGUAAUAUUUCUCAGUGUUUAAUUUGAUUACAACAAAUUGGAAUGUAUUAUCCUGACUUUUCAAGUGGCUUUCGAUGUGUUAUCAAGUGUUUGUUCUUUUAUGUAUUUAUUGUAAUGUUUAAUGUGCUUUUCUCAAUCUUGGUUUUCUGGAAAAUAAAUUGCUACAAAAAAAGAAUAAUUUCACCAAAUAUUAGUUAAUAUGUUAUCUGUUAGCUUUCAGAGCUAAUAAAAAUAUUUUUCACUAUU